GAGGCGGAGGUUGCAGUGAGCUGAGAUCGCGCCAUUGCACUCCAGCCUGGGCGACAGAGCAACAGAGCGAGACUCCGUCUCAAAAAAACAAAAAACAAAACUUCCUUUCCAACUUAGACCCGGCAGAAUGUCUCCCGCAAAGAAGGGUGGCGAGAAGAAAAAGGGCCCUUCUGCCAUCAACGAGGUGGUGACCCAAGAACAUACCAUCAACAUUCACAAGCGCAUCCAUGGAGUGGGCUUCAAGAAGUGUGCUCCUCGGGCACUCAAAGAGAUUCGGAAAUUUGCCGUGAAGGAGAUGGGAACUCCAAAUGUACGCAUUGAUACCAGGCUCAACAAAGCUGUCUGGGCCAAAGGAAUAAGGAAUGUCCUAUACGGAAUCCAUGUGCGGUUGUCCAGAAAACGUAAUGAGGGUGAAGAUUCACCAAAUAAGCUCUAUACUUUGGUUACCUAUGUACCUGUUACCACUUUCAAAAAUCUACAGACAGUCAAUGUGGACAAGAACUAAUCUCUGAUCAUCAAAUACAUCAAAUAAAGUUAUAAAAUAGCAACAAAAAAAAAGAUUCACUGAGUAGUGGGAAUUAG